AUGACUGACCUCCUCACCUCUACUGACCCCCAGCAAGGCGACAGGCAUCUGAGCAUGCAGUGGUCAAAACACACCAAGAUGAACGUCUCCUGGCAGGAGGAGUCCAAUGCCUCUGUGUCAGAUGAUCCCGAGUCCUGCGCCAUCUUGAGAAGCCCCGGCUCACGCAUCGCCCUCUACACCCUCCUCUUGGCUGGCAUCGUCUGCACGGUGGCGGGCAACUUCCUGGUGGUCCUGGCCAUCGCGUACUUCAAGCAGCUGCAGUCUCCCACCAACUGCUUCGUGAUGUCGCUGGCGCUGGCGGACUUCCUGGUGGGGCUGCUGGUGAUGCCCUUCAGCAUGGCGCGCACGGUGGAGGGCUGCUGGCGCCUGGGCGCCACCUUCUGCCAGCUGCACUCCAGCCUGGACGUCAUGCUCUGCACCGCCUCCAUCUUCCACCUGAGCUGCAUCGCCUUCGACCGCUACUACGCCGUGUGCAACCCGCUGGUCUACUCCUCCAAGAUGUCGGCGGGCCGCGUGGGGCUGCUGGUGGUUGGGUGCUGGGCCGUGCCGCUGCUCAUCUCCUUCGGCCCCAUCCUGCUGGGGCUCCACAAGGCCGGCGUGGCCGUCCCGCUGCCCGCCGACGUGUGCGUGUUCCUGGUGAACCGCGUCUACGCCGUCAUGGCCUCCAUGGUGGCCUUCUACUGCCCCAUGGGCGUCAUGCUGGUGGCCUACUGGAAGAUCUACAAGGCGGCCAAGCGGCAGGCCAUGCAGAUCAGCGCCAUGGAGUCGCAGAUGGCGGCGGGCGUGGGCCGGGACUCCAGCAAGAAGCAGCGGCACCGCAACUCGCUGCGCCGCGAGCGCAAGGCGGCCAAGACGCUGGGCAUCAUCAUGGGCGUCUUCCUGCUCUUCUGGCUGCCCUUCUUCACCCUCAACAUCGUGGACCCGUUCAUCGACUACAGCACGGCGGGGCUGGUGUGGGACGUGUUCCUGUGGCUGGGCUACGUCAACUCCUCGCUCAACCCGUUCCUGUACGCGCUCUUCAACAGCUCCUUCCGCAGGGCCUUCUGCUUGAUCAUGGGCUGCAGGAUCUGUCUGCCUGGGUCCAACCCCAGCAUGGACCUCUCCCACUCCAAAAGAGAUGGCAAUCAGUAG